UUAGUCAACAGUCGUAGUCAAUGGAUGCAGGCAACGCAAAAGGACAAGCAACUACAAGAAAGCAACAGAGACGACCACUAAAGCUGACCCAAAAUGUCGGUUCAUCAUCAAAACGCACAAGCAUCACCGACGAUAUACCAAGGCGAUACGAAAACACACACAAGAUGAAACCACUCGAGCCUUUUCCAGCCAGUCAAGUCACUCAAAUCAUACAAGAAACGCUAGAGGAGCAUCUUCUCGACAGAACGUACGAGCAGCCGUUCUGCUCUCAGAUGGCUUGCACUCUCUCGCUUGUAAUUAGAGAGCGCGUCAAGGAGCUUGGACAGACCGUCGACAGAUUCAACCGCUCGCUGUGGAGAGAGGAAAGUGAUACUUAUGCUCGUGCGAUCGUCUCCAACGGGUCUCUGUUCGCUGUCGGUUUGGUGUUCGGUGUCUAUUCCGACUAACACUGUGACCGUGCAACAGGGAAGAAAUAGUGUGGCGUCGCAAGAACUUGACUUUCAAACACUUGCAGACCUUUAGUAGAAAUGUGUAGUGCGCCUGCCUUCUGUGCGUUUGGGUGACAAAGUCGCAAUUAAAUUGGCAUAGUAAAUCUAGCGGAUACGUUAAGACAUGCAAGUUGUUCAUAUUAUAGUGAAACCUGCGC